AUGACAUCAUCUGAGGCCCUGAGAGGGUUGAGGACCCUUUCGCGAUGCGCUGGCCCGAUGCCGAAGAGAAUUGCGGUGGGACGCAACCUGACAGUCGAUGGCAAGAGGGCGAUAUGCACCAACUGCACGAGAAGUUCAAGACAGGCGAGGCAUGCGCCAGGGCACGCUCCUGCGCGCCCGAGCAACGUUGCCCAUGUGCCGAACAGAGUUUCCUUUGCGCCAGUAGGUUGCAGAGGGUACGCGCAGGCUGCGCGUGAAUAUGCAACUGAAGACCCUGAGCGAACCCAUGGCCCCAUGGCCGAGUACGAUGCGCGCGUCGAAUCCGGGCGAUUACGAGACGACGAGCACCAACGCAACAUCAUCAGGAAUCUUCAAGACCUCCACGAUAUGCUGCAAUCCUAUGAACAACCACCCGUCCAGCAACCUACCAUCGAGUCCCUUCAACCAACUAAAAAGUCCUUCUUCUCUUUCCUCUCAUCGUCCAGCCCCGCAGGAUCGGCCCUGCCACCCAUACCAGAAUCACUACCAAAGGGCAUGUAUAUGUUUGGAGAUGUAGGCAGUGGGAAGACAAUGAUGAUGGAUUUGUUCUACGACACACUUCCGCCAAACAUUAAGAGAAAGACGAGGAUCCAUUUCCACGCCUUCAUGCAAAGCGUACAUAAGGACUUGCACAAGAUGAAGAUGCAGCAUGGGAAUGACAUUGACAGUAUACCCUUCGUCGCAGCGGGUAUAGCAGAACGGUCCUCGGUUCUUUGCUUCGACGAAUUCCAAUGCACGGAUGUCGCCGAUGCCAUGAUCCUCAGGAGAUUAAUGGAGAGCUUGAUGGCACAUGGAACAGUCAUCGUCACGACGAGUAACAGACACCCAGACGACCUAUACAAGAACGGUAUACAAAGAGAAAGCUUCAUACCUUGUAUCAAUCUUCUAAAAUCAAGACUUACGGUCCUGAACCUGGAUUCGUCGACAGAUUACAGAAAGAUCCCACGGCCACCAAGUGGUGUCUAUCACCACCCGCUAGACGCCUCAGCGCAAACGCAUGUAGAGAGAUGGUUCCGCUUCCUCGGCGACUUCGAUAACGACCCACCACACCCGGCUGUUCACGAGGUCUGGGGAAGGGAAGUUCGCGUACCGAAGGCUAGCGGGAAGUGUGCCGUAUUUAGCUUCGACGACAUCAUUGGACGCGCUACGGGAGCAGCCGACUAUCUGGAACUUACGAGGCAGUAUGAGGCGUUUGUCAUUACAGGGGUGCCUGGGAUGAACUACAGGUCAAGAGACUUGGCGCGGAGAUUCAUCACUUUUAUAGAUGCCGUGUACGAAUCAAGGGCCAAGCUAGUAAUGACAACAGCUGUUCCCCUAACAGCCCUUUUCCUCGACCAGUCCGAACUAAACGACGCUGUAACCGCUACACAGAAAGCUGGAAAACUUCCCACUACGACCUCUCCUUCGCCCAAGCCACCUUCCAAAUCUGCCGAAGCAGACAACCAUGAAGCCAUCUCGGAUGUUAUGCGUAAUCUCAUGGAUGAUCUUGGCAUGAAUAUGGACAUGUUGAAGAACAGCAGUAUUUUCUCUGGUGACGAAGAACGAUUUGCGUUUGCUAGAGCCUUGUCGAGAUUGAGUGAAAUGGGAAGUCAAGAGUGGGUUGAGCGCGGGUUGGGAUUGGAGAAAAGAGGCGGAAAGGGAGAGAUGGAGGGGUGGCAGAAGGUUCGAAGCAGAUGGAGGGAAGAUAGCAUGUAG